CGACAGUCGACUUCCCUGAAAGAUGGAGCACACAGAAUUCCGUGUCAAGGCAAAGGAGAUGGUUGACUUCAUGGCAGACUACUUGGAGAACGUGCGCGACCGGCGUGUGUAUCCAAGCGUGAAGCCUGGCUUCCUGCACGACCAGCUGCCGACAGAGACCCCCGAGCAGGGUGAGAAGUGGGAUGACAUCUUCAAGGAUGUCAAUGACAAGAUUCUGCCUGGGCUGGUGCAUUGGCAGUCGCCUCAUAUGCACGCGUACUUCCCGGCGCUGACGUCAUACCCCUCCAUCCUGGGGGAGAUGCUGUCCAGCGCGCUCAACGUGCUCUGUUUCACCUGGGCAUCAUCUCCUGCUGGUACGGAGCUGGAGACCAUCUCCAUGAACUGGCUGGCGAAGACCAUCGGGCUGCCGGAGUGCUUCCUCAACGAGAAGAAUGACAGCCCUGGUGGAGGGGUUAUACAGACAACAGCUAGCGAGGCAACCCUAGUGAGCUUGCUAGCUGCCCGGACCAGCGCGCUGAUCGAGCUAUCUAAACUGAACCCUGACCUUCAGUCAUCAGAGCUCCUCGGCCACCUGAUCGGCUACUGCUCCGACCAGGCGCACUCUUCUGUUGAGAAGGCUGGGCUUAUUGGUAUGGUGCGCCUGCGUUACAUCGAGUCUGAUGACCAGCAGAGUAUGCGCGGAGACAAGCUGGAGGAGGCCAUCCGGCAAGACAAGGCCAGGGGACUGGUGCCGUUCUGGGUAUGCGCGACUCUCGGCACGACGGGGUCGGUUGCGUUCGACAACCUGCGUGAAGUCGGCGAGGUGUGCGAAAAACAUUCCAUCUGGUUGCAUGUGGACGCGGCCUAUGCUGGCAGCUGCUUUGUAUGUCCUGAGUACAGGCACUGGCUGGAUGGUGUGGAGUUGGCGGAUUCCUUCGCGUUCAACCCUUCCAAGUGGGGCUUGGUUAACUUCGACUGCACUGCGAUGUGGGUCAAAGACAGUACGGCUCUACAUCGCACGUUCAACGUGAACCCUAUUUAUUUGCGACAUGAAAAUUCAGGGAAAGCCAUCGAUUACAUGCACUGGCAAAUCCCUCUAAGCCGUCGCUUCAGGUCUCUGAAGCUAUGGUUCGUGUUGAGGAACUACGGAGUAGCUGGUCUGCAGAAGCACAUUCGUGAGAAUGUGCGUCUGGCACAGAAGUUUGAAGCGUUGGUGCUCGCUGAUGCUAGAUUCGAGAUACCACAAGCAAGGAACUUGGGAAUGGUGGUCUUCCGUCUCAAAGGAGAGAACAUGCUCACCGAACGUUUGCUCAAGCGGCUGAACGCCCGCGGCUACAUUCACGCCGUGCCAGCCUGCUUCAAGGAAACCUACGUCAUCCGGUUCACUGUCACCUCGCCGAGGACCACCAACCAGGAUAUACUCGAUGAUUGGAACGAGAUCAAGACGGUGGCAUCGGACAUCCUCACGGAAACGUUCGGUGCCAAGGACGGCAACAUCUUGAGGACCACCAAACCCAGGAUAUCUCUGAAGGAUACUCGGGAUCUCAACGCCACAUUCGGUACCAGCCUCCUCCUGGCCAACAGCCCGAUGAGUCCUAAGAUCGUCAACGGCACCCAUGCUGCCAUCUGUGAUUAUGAUCAGGUGCUGACCUCCUGUGCUCAGACCUUCGCGCAGCUGAAGAUGGAGCUCAAAGACAGCCCUGAGAUGCGUCGGCGCAUCCGUGGUAUCAAAAUGUGCGGCAAGAAGUUCUCCCUGGACUCUGCUAUGGAUAUGGUGCAGGGGAUGGUGGCGGAGCAGUCCCUCCCGCAGUGUAAGGAGGACGAGAGGGAAGAUGCUUCUAAUGGCUCCAGCCCGGGCGAUCGAUCGUCUCUCUCGUCAUCUCCAGUGACAUCUACCGGAACUAUUAAGCAAGAUACCACGGAUAACAACCAACUCCAAAUACCACCCCCACCAUCCAGGCAAUUCAGAUCAAAAUCCGUCGACAUCGGCCUCUCUGGCUUGAACAUCGAAGAUGCUAAAGUCACUAUCGAUUUUAAAAAUAAUGAAAUUCUAAUAACGCCUACAGGUUCUAAGGAAUUUGUUGACGAAGCUAAAGCUGUUACUUUCAGCGAUGGAGAUGAACAAUUCGGUAUUGAAAACAAACAUUUUAAAGCGUUUGAUGAUUUGCAAGAGGAGUUUCAAAUGCUAGGUGAGAAUAGUCAAAGUAAUGAUGACAAAAUUGUUAAUGACGAUGUCAACGCGAAAGUAACUAUAAGAGGCCCGGGCAGUUACAUCAAGAAGUUAAUCCAACAAUUCAGUGAAGGGCCUUUUGAAGGGGAGGAUGCUAAACCAGAGUCCGAAAGGUCUGUAACUACGCAAUCUAUUAAGGAAAGGGCCGACGCCAUUUGUAAAAAAUGCUUACAUUAUAAAGGAAAACUUACAAAGUAACUCAAUUUACUUACAAAAUCAAAAGUGUAUUUUAGCAAUAAUAAUUAAAUUCAAGCUUUCCAUGUAAGUAAAGAAGGAAAUGCGUUCUUUAUCUCAAAUGAUGCGUAGAAAAAUAAGUUUUUAGUUACUAAACGUUAUAGCUAGAGGCAAAUUGGCCAUAUUGAUAAUUUACAAACUGUUCAGCAAAUUUCAAUGGCUGCUGACAAUUA